AUGGCUCAUCCCUUUAUUCUCUUCACAACAUCACUAUUACUCCUCUUCCCAUUUUCCACUUCAUCCCAAAAAAACACCCAAAACAUAUUCAUUGGAGCCUCUAUCAAUGCAACCAAAAGCUCCAACCCAUGGCUUUCCCCUUCUGGGGACUUUGCCUUUGGCUUCCAACAACUCAAAUCCAACAACAAAAAUCACUUUGUGCUCGCGAUAUGGUACGCUAAAAUCCUUCCACAAACCAUCGUCUGGUUCGAAAGAAGCAGCUAUCCCGUGCCACAUGGCUCCACCUUAUUGCUCGACGCCGAUAAAGGCCUCGUGCUCCGCGAUCCUCACGGCAGCCUACUUCACAUAACCCCUCAUCUCACCACUCGAGUCGCUUACGCAUCCAUGACCGACACCGGAAAUCUCAUCCUCUUCGAAGAAAAUGACUCAAAUACCCCUCUAUGGCAGAGCUUCGAUAAUCCUUCCGACACGAUACUCCCGAGCCAAAAGCUCGACAUCAACGGCUCCUCCACCACGCUCGUCUCGCGAAAAUCCAAGACCGAUUUCUCGUACGGAAGGUUCUAUGCCGGCAUGAACGCAGCCGGCAAUUUCGUGCUCGACACGAAGAGCGCGCGCACAAAUCUCGAUCCCGACUACGAAUAUUACAACAGCGACCCGAACUCGGGCGACUUCCUCGUGCUCGACGAAAAUCAUCCUUCCAUUUCUAUUGUCAGUAGUGAACAAAAAAAAGUCGUGAUUCCCGGUCCAAAUAAUAUUCUGCUGCCCUCGGAGAAUUAUUAUUUCAGGGCUACGCUCGAUCACGACGGUGUAUUUGCAUUUUAUUAUCAUCCGAAGAAAAUCGAUAACGAUUCGGAGUGGGUAUAUGUGGGUAGCUUACCGGAUCACAACAUUUGUCUCGAUAUCUAUGGCGACACGGGCAGUGGGGCCUGCGGGUAUAACAGUGUGUGCAAUCUCGUGAAUUGGAGGCCCGUUUGCCGCUGUCCGAGAGGGUUUACGCUGGUUGACCCGAAUAACCGAUAUGGAGAUUGCAGGCCCGAAUGUUCGGGGAAGAGUUGUACUCAGGAUCACUACAAAUUAAUGGCUCAUUUCCUCAUCCUCAUUCUAACGUCAACACUCUUCCUCUCUUCAUCUUCAGUUUCAUCUCAAAACACACACACCAUAUCCAUUGGAUCCUCAAUCACUGCAGACCAAAACUCCAAGCCAUGGCUUUCGCCUUCCGGAGACUUCGCCUUCGGCUUCCAACAACUCCCCGGCAACAAAACCGAUCUCUUCGUGCUCUCAAUAUGGUUCGCCAAACUCCUCGACCGAACCAUAGCUUGGUUCGAUCGACACCUGGCGCCACAUGGCGCCACCCUAACCCUCGAUGCCAUCAACGGCCUCGUGCUACUUGAUCAUCAAGGCAAGCCACUCCAUCACUACACCAAAAAUCUCGCCGGGCGACCGGCUUACGCCUCCAUGACAGACGCCGGAAAUUUCGUCGUGUGGGGAAAUGACACAAAUACCCCUCUCUGGGAAAGCUUCACGAAUCCAGCCGACACACUGCUCCCGACCCAGUCGAUCGUGAUCAACGCCAGCUCGCUCGUUUCUCGAAAAUCAGAAUCCGAUUUUUCGUACGGGAGAUUCUACGCCGCAAUGAACGCCGACGGCAAUUUCGCACUCAAAACGAAAAGCGUGUUCACGAAUUCAGAUUUCGACGCCGAGGCUGUGCUCGAUUUCGACGGCGUUUUCGCACUCUAUUAUCAUCCUAGAAAAUUUGGAAACAAAUCUGAGUGGGUCUAUGUGGGUAGCUUGCCAGAUCAUAACAUAUGUAUUGAUAUUGGUGGGGAUACGGGUAGUGGGCCGUGCGGGUAUAACAGCGUGUGUAGUCUCGAGAAUUGGAGGCCCGUUUGCCGAUGCCCGAGAGGCUUCACGUUAGUCGACCCGAAUAACCGUUGUGGAGGUUGCAAGCAGGAAUUUUCGGGGAAUAGUUGUACUGAUGAUGAUUACGAGCUGGUGGAGAUUCCGGAUGUGGACUGGCCGAAAAACGACUAUGAACAGAUAGUUCCGAGCACGGUGGGUGAGUGCAGGGAAGCUUGUAUGAGGGAUGAGUUUUGUGGGGCUGCUAUUUUCAGGAGCCUGGGCUGCUGGAAAAAGCGGAUGCCUUUGUCGAAUGGGAAGCUUGACACGGGAUUGGGGUCUGUUGCGUUUCUCAAAGUUAGAAAGGAAAGUUGCAAUGGAACUAAAACAGAGGACAUGAAAACACCGUCGCUUUCACAGCCCAUUUCAAUUGCGCGCCAUUGCAGCAAAUUACUGCAAAGAUGCAUGAAGCCGAAAGCGCUGAAACCCUGCAAGCAAAUCCACGCGUUCAUGCUCACCAAUCACAUACACAUGAACGUCUUCUCCCUGAGUUCGAAGCUAAUCGGCGCCUACGCCUGUUGCGGUGAUUUGGUUUCAUCCAAAUUACUCUUCCAAGAAACAAAAGAUCCUAAUGUUUUCGCUUUCAAUUGGAUGAUUCAUGAAUCAACUCGAUUGGGACUUCACGUCGAAGCUUUUCGUUUCUUCUCGCUGUUCCUGGAAUCAAGAAACAACAACAGCUCGCCAAAUAAGCACACGUUCUACGCAAUCUUGAAAUGUUGUGUUUGUUUGCUGGAUGUGUACUUGGGGAAGCUAGUUCAUGGCUUGAUUUACAAAAUGGGUUUGCUAAAUGAUCUACAUGUUUGCAAUGCUUUGAUUGAUAUGUACGCAAAGUGUUCAGAUGUGCGCAACGCACGCCAACUGUUUGAUAUAAUGACUGAAAGAGAUGUUGCAUCAUGGACAAUAAUGAUUUCUGGGUACGCUGAUGUUGGAAAAAUUGACGAGUCGGUUUUCCUGCUAGAAAGAAUGAGAUUGGAAGGAAAUGAUAAACCUAAUGAAUUCACAUGGAAUGCGAUUAUAGCGGGCCUCGCGAAGAACGGAGACUGUGAUGGUGCUUUUAGAUAUUUUUCUCUAAUGGGUGAGGAAGGAUUAGUCCCCGACACAGCUACCUGGAAUGCAAUGAUUUCAGGUUUCGUUCAAAGCCAAAGGGCCUUUGAGGCUCUAACAUUUUUUCGAGAUAUGUUGAUUUCUGGUAUCAAGCCUAAUCAAGUGACUCUAUCUGUCGUGCUCCCUGCAUGUGGGAUGAUUGCUUCUAUUCGUGUAGGGAAAGAAAUUCACGGGUUUUUAUACAGGAUGGAGCUCGACAUGAAUGUCUUUGUUGCUAGUGCUCUUAUUGAUAUGUAUUCAAAAUGUGGUAACAUCAAAGGGGCGCAGUGUAUUUUUAACUCCAUUCGUAAAAAAAGUAUGGCGUUGUACAAUGUUAUGAUUGGAUGUUAUGGGAAACAUGGGCUGGUAGGUUCUGCUAUCAAGCUUUUCGAAAACAUGUUGAACGACAAAGUGCAACCGAAUGAAGUCACUUUCACCUCUGUUCUCUCAGCUUGUGGCCAUGGUGGGUUAGUCGAGAAAGGUUUGGAAAUAUUCAAAUCCAUGGACUCAUGUUGUGUGAGAGCAAAUAGCGAGCAUUACUCAUGUUUAGUCGACCUUUUGUGCCGCUAUGGGAGGAUGGAUGAGGCUUAUGGGGUUAUUAAUCAAAUUGGGGAGGAAAUCACAAAUUCGACUAUUGGAGCCUUUCUAAAUGGUUGUAAGGUUCACGGAAGGAGGGAUCUUGCUAAGAAGAUUUGCGAUCAACGUGUGGGGAUUGACGUGAAGAGGCCGGAAAGUUUCGUGACGCUUGCGAAUAUAUAUGCUGCCGAGGGUGAGUGGGGAGCUGUAGAGGAUGUGAGGAAGGUGAUGAAGGAUAAAAAGGUCGUUAAGAAGCCUGGGUCUAAGCACCGCGCAAAGCCAUCGUCGUCCUACAUAUCUCCAGCUCGAUUCAGUACACUUCUCAACUGCUCCAGAAACCUGAAGCAUGCUGCCCAAAUCCAUGCCCAGCUCGUCGCCCGUAAUUACCUCUCUGCCCCUAUUCUCUUCAACAACCUUCUCAACCUCUACUCCAGGUGCGGCCACGUUUCUCGAUCUCUCGCCCUCUUUUCAGCCUCAGAUUCCAAAACCCACACCAAGAACAUCUUCAGCUACACAUCCCUCAUCACCCACCUUUCCCGCUCCAAUCUGCACUCCAAAGCUCUUGCCUUUUUCAACGAGAUGAGGUCGAGGGAUAUUUUCCCCAACCAUUUCACGUUUUCCGCUGUCUUGCCGGCUUGCGGACGUGUGGCUGAGGGUGCACAGAUGCACUCGUUGGUAUUCAAGCACGGGUUUGAGUGGGACGUGUUUGUGGGAAGCGCAUUGGUGGAUAUGUAUGCAAAAUCUGGCGACAUGGGCCGUGCGGGGAAGGUGUUUGAUGAAAUGCCCGAGAGAAACCUCGUGUCUUGGAAUUCCGUUAUCGUGGGUUUUUUCCAAAACGGAUGUUUUCCUGAGGCAAUUUCUUUCUUCUCCAGGUUGGUGGCCGAGGAUGCAGUGAGACCCGAUCAAGUGAGUUUCUCGAGCGUUUUGAGCGCCUGUGCCAACAUGUCUGAGGCGAUCGUGGGGAAGCAAGUCCAUGGAAUGGUCUUUAAGCAUGGCCUGGAAUACUUGGCUUACGUGAAGAAUUCUCUAAUGGACAUGUACUCUAAAAGUGGCGGUUUCCAUGAUGCCGAGAAAUUGUUCAGGACUACAGAAGAUCGAGAUGCGGUGACGUGGAAUGUUAUGGUGAUGGGAUUUGUCCAAAAUGGUUAUUUUGAGGAUGCCUGCAAUUAUUUCUGGUUCAUGAGACGUGAAGGCGUGUUGCCUGACGAGACUUCAUUCUCGACUGCGCUCAAUGCUGCUGCGGGCAUCGCUGCACUGGAUCAGGGCUCUUUAGUCCAUAAUCAGAUAAUAAAAACAGGAUUCGUAGGAAACACUUGUGUCGCUAGCUCAUUGAUUGCUAUGUAUUCAAAAUGUGGGAGCUUAGCAGACGCUAGACAGGCAUUUGAUGAGACUAAAGUACAUAACGUGAUAUCAUGGACAGCCAUGCUUUCGGCAUAUCAACAGCAUGGCUGUGCAAAUCAGGUUAUAGAAUUAUUUAAUAAUAUGGUAGAAGCAGGUUUUGAGCCCGACUACAUUACUUUCGUCUCUGUUUUGUCGGCUUGUGGGCAUACUGGGAAAGUAGACAAUGGCUUUUCCUACUUCUAUUUGAUGAGUGGGAAGUAUAACAUGAGACCGGGUCUUGAACACUAUGCUUGCAUGGUUGACUUGCUUGGUCGUGUAGGCCGUUUGCAUGAUGCCAAGAGAUUUGUGGAUGAUAUGCCGAUUAAACCCGACGUGUCUAUUUGGGGGGCUUUGCUUGGGGCUUGCAGAAAACAUGGAGAUCUUGAUUUGGGUCGAGAGGUUGCAGAAAAGCUUUUCGAAAUGGAACCCAAUAAUCCUGGAAAUUACGUUUUGCUACACAACAUGUAUGCUCAUGGGGGGCGAUUAGAAGAAGCUAAUGAGGUGCGGAGAUUGAUGGGGUUUAAUAGAGUGAAAAAGGAGCCUGGCUUGAGUUGGCUCGACUUUAGGAACACGACCCACGUUUUUAAAGCUCAUGAUAGAACUCAUUUUAUGACGAAAGAGAUAUAUGAGAUGCUGGGAAAACUGGAGGAGCUCGUGAAGCAGAAAGGAUAUGUUCCUGAAAUUCAGUAUGCAAUCAACGAUGUGGGAGUGUACAAGGAGCGAAGCCUGUGGUACCACAGCGAAAAGUUAGCACUUGCAUAUGGAUUGCUGAUACUGCCUACGGGGGCACCCAUUCGGAUAAAAAAGAAUCUUCGAACAUGUGGCGAUUGCCAUGUCGUUAUGAAGUUUGCUUCGGCAAUUUUUCAAAGAGAAAUUAUACUUAGAGACAUUAAUCGUUUUCACAGGUUUUCUGGUGGUGAAUGUUCCUGUGGAGACUAUUGGUGA